AUUGGUGGCAGCGAAAAGGGAUUUUUAUAAAUCCUGGAAACGUCUCCUGUGUGUGAAAGUGUUUUAGUGAAAGUGAAAAGUGGUAUCGAACUCAUUCCGUCCACUGUGUGAUAAGUGGCACAGGCCUCAUCAUCAGCCCAGUUGAGCCCAGCACCGACGGAACUAUAUUAUUUUCGAAGAAUGAUAUUUAUGUACAUCACCCUACUAAUAAUUUAUAAUCCUAUCCUGGGAAUCGAGAAUGCAGAGUAUAUUCAUACUAUCACCUCAAGUCCUGGUAUAUACUUCGAUCCACAUGGUACUGCAAAAAUAAUAAAUGAUCAUAUUCACAUAGUGAUCCCAAUUGAUAUAUCCUUUGCCCCAACUCAUAUUGACAAUAUUAAAAAUGCUUUCGGUACAAUACGUUACUUAUGUCAACAGAGCCAAUCAUUCAACCACUUUGAAUGUCAUAAUCUUAUUCAACCACUCGAUUCGUUGUUCAAAGAUAUAAUUCGGGAUUUUCAGUCUAUAUCACACCUUACAACUUCCAAAUCGAAACGAUCUGCCUGGUUUGCCGGUAUUGGAACUGUGUUUAAACAUAUCUUUGGAACUUUGGAUGAAGAUGAUGCACAUCGAUAUAAUAAAGCAAUAGCUAAAAUGCAACAAACCGAUAAAGAUCUAAAUUCGAAUCUUAAACAAAGCAUCUAUAUUUCUAAAUCAGCAAUUACAAAUUUCAACGCUUCAAUGAACGAACUCAAUAAAAACCAAAUUCUACUUAACGAUGUGCUUGAUAAAUUAUCUCUUUCCGUCAAAAAUGUUUCUGAGGUCAUUAACUCUGUCAAGUUCCAAACGAACUUAGAUGAAAUCUUGAGUGUGUUACAAGCUAGCUUAUUAACACUUUCAUUUAAGAUUGAAGACAUUGUAAACAGUGUAUUGUUUUCGAAAUCAAACACUAUUCAUCCGUCAAUCAUUACUCCUAAGCAAUUAUAUGUAGAUUUAGUAAGUAAUAUUAAAGAUGUAUCUAGACUUAAGGAUUUCCCUGUAGAGUUAAAUUUAGAUAAUAUUAAUAUCCUCAUGAACCUCGCUAAAAUAAUUUCAUAUGUUAUCGAUAAUUGUCUAGUAUUUGUAAUAAAAAUUCCACUUGUAAAUGUAGAAACAUACAAUCUUUAUAAAGUUAUACCUAUCCCUGUACCACAUAACCCGACAUCUCCAAAUUCAUUUGCACUUAUUACUGCUACGAAAUCUUUUAUAGGAAUAAGUGAAGAUAAGAAAUUAUAUUUUAAUUUUGAUAAUAUAGAUUCUUGUAAUUUAAUAAUUGGACAUCAGUAUAUUUGUAACCCUUUGAAUACUCUCAGUGUUGUUAAUUAUCCAAUAUGUGAAACAGAAAUAAUCACCAAAGCUAUUGAAAAAUUACCUAAAAGUUGUACUACAAAAUUUAUAUUCGGUAAAGUUGAUAUCUGGCAUAAACUAAAUAAUAAUAAAUGGUUUUAUGUUGAAUCUAAUGAUGAGAAACUGAAUAUUAAAUGUAAUCAUAGAACAAUCGAAAUUGUUAUAUCAGGAACCGGAAUACUUAGCCUGACACCAGGUUGUACCGCAUUUUGUAAAGAAAAUAGAUUUGAAGCGAAAAAUGUUUAUGAAAUUACCGUAAGUCCUGUUGUUUCAAAUUUUAACAUUAUUAAUGAUAGUUGUUGUAAUUUAAUGGAAUUUUCCAAAGUAAAUAUUAAUAUUUCAACACAUCAGUUACGUCAUGUGAAUCUUGAUAGUUUGAAUUUAAUUCACGACUUACCUAUUAAGCCCAUUGAUGAUAAUUUAGAUGUUUUCCUUAAUGACUCUUCAGACUAUGUUAGUUUUAGCUUUAGUGUAAUUUCUUUUAUAAUUAUCUUAAGUAUUGCAUUAAUAAUCCUUGUAAAAGCCAAUAAAUGCGUUUUUCGAAACAAAGACAUAGAGAAUCCAGAUAAUAUCUCUUCAACAAGUGAAGCCCCACAUCCUCAGCCUCGUCUCCGUAUGGAAUAACCAUCUUACCUUUUUUCGCAAACUUACCUAAAACUGUAAGUUUACUCUUAAACGGGGGGUUGUUAUAUCAUAGCCUUGCACCCUAUGUGGCUGACAUACUAGUACCUUCUGUUUAGUCAGCAUUUCUCAACCGAGAGGUAAAAUGAAUAAUUAAAAUAUGAAUCAGUUCGGUAUCAUCCUUCGUCGCG